CGGCUGACAUCCAAACUCUUCCCCACUAAAGGAUUCGAGGUCGGUGAGGGAUGGGAAAUGAUUGGGCUCGACCAUCGAUCCUACCCUGAAACACUGAAGUAUGUAUGUCGUAAACCUUGUCAGCUCUGUCUUACCUGCCGGCGGUUGACACACCUUAUAUUCUCCUCUCCUCCCACUUCUUCUCUCGUUCUCCCCCGAUAACCUGCGCCCUUGAAUACGAUUGAUAAUGUCCUCUACCCCUCCCUAUCUCUCUGAGCUGGGCAAGGGAUGCCUGCCACCAUACGACAAACAGGACAAUGAUUAUGUAUCGACAAUGACACCCGCAAAGCAGAAGGCCCUGACGCGCCGAAUCCUCUUCAAGCUCGACGUCCGCAUCAUCCCAAUCAUGGCGCUUCUCUUCCUCUGCUCCUUCCUCGACCGCACCAAUGUCGGAAACGCAAAGGUAUACAAGAUGGAGAAUGACAUCAACAUUUCCGAUCACCAGUAUGAUACAUGUCUAGUCAUAUACUAUGCAUUUUAUAUCGCUAGUGAAAUACCGAGUAACCUGGUCUUGAAGAAGGUCUCGCCGAGGGUCUGGCUUCCCCUUCUCACAGCGGCCUGGGGAAUCGUCGCAAUGUGCCUUGGGUUCGUUCAGAACUACGCUAGUUUGAUGAUCGUCCGUGCCUUUCUCGGUGCGACAGAGGGCGGAUUGCUUCCUGGGAUUGUUCUAUAUCUGUCGGGAAUGUACACGCGCGGCGAGAUGGCGCUUCGAAUCGGUCUGUUCUACACCAGCGCCUCCCUAUCUGGUGCAUUUGGAGGGCUUCUUGCACGCGGCAUCCACGAGAUGGGAACUGCUGGGGGGUUGCAUGGCGGAGGCUGGCGAUGGAUUUUUAUCAUCGAGGGACUAUUUACUAUCGUUGUGGCGGGAUUUGCAUAUCUCAUUCUGCCAAACAGCGUCGACGAUGCUCUGAACGAGGAAGAGAGGGAGUUUGCCAGAUUGAGGCUUUACAACGACAAGCCGAAGACGAUACUUGCGAAUGGGGAGAUUUCCAUGGAAUCGGAGAAAUUCGCCUGGUCGGAGGUCGUGCGUGGACUCAUGAGCCCGCAGCUAUGGUUCAGCGCCACGGCGUAUCUGGCGAUUCUUGCCGCUUUGUAUUCAUUUGGGCUCUUUUUGCCGACUAUUAUCGUUGGAUUGGGGUAUACUCCUAACGAAGCCCAGCUCUGGUCCGUAAUUCCGUACGCUGUGGCAGCAGUCAUUACAGUUGGCAUAGCCUUCCUCUCCGACCAUCUCCGCCUCCGUGGCCCGAUCAUGCUCGCGUCUCUGCCUCUUGCCAUCAUCGGGUAUGCAGUGAUUGCCAACGUCGAUUCGAACAGGGUCAAGUAUGGAAUGACGUUCCUGAUGGCUACUGGACUAUAUGCCAGCGUUCCCUGUAUCCUCGGAUGGAUCAGCAACAACUCUGCCGGCCACUACAUGCGCGCGACGACCACGGGCGCACAGCUCGCCAUUGCGAAUUGCGGAGGAUUUAUCGCGGCGUUCAUCUAUCCCAAGGUUCAGGGGCCAGAGUUCUUCAUCGGCCAUACCGUGAUUUUGGGAUUGUUGUGCUUUGCGUGGGUGAUGAUCCUGCUCAACGUGCUGUACUGCGCAAAGGUCAAUCGCGACAAGGCGAAGGGGUUAUAUGACGAAUUUAUCGGGUCCGGCGAUGAUCGUGAUCCGCAGUUUAAGUUGGUGCUAUGAGUGUAGGAUUUAAUAUAAUAUAAUGAAUGAUGGACA